AAGUGACGCAGGCGGCUGCCAGGCGGUGGAGCGCUCCCGCUGAGGCGUCUCUCCUCUCGGCUCGGCGCGGCCCGGCUGUUGCUCCGUCGCCCCCCGCCAACCCCCGCCGCCGUCCCCGCGCCCCAGCCAUGUCGGCGCCCGGAGGAGCCGGCGGAGAGUUCGGCAACCCGCUGCGCAAGUUCAAGCUGGUUUUCCUCGGCGAGCAAAGCGUUGGAAAGACCUCCUUAAUCACUCGAUUUAUGUAUGACAGUUUUGACAACACUUAUCAGGCAACCAUCGGAAUUGAUUUCCUUUCAAAGACUAUGUAUUUAGAAGACCGCACGGUCCGACUUCAGCUUUGGGACACGGCAGGCCAGGAGCGGUUCCGUAGCCUCAUUCCCAGCUACAUACGCGACUCAACUAUUGCGGUGGUGGUCUAUGACAUCACAAAUCUGAAUUCCUUCCAACAAACCUCCAAAUGGAUCGACGAUGUGCGAACAGAAAGAGGAAGUGAUGUCAUCAUCAUGCUGGUGGGCAAUAAAACUGACCUUGCAGAUAAAAGGCAGAUUACUACAGAAGAAGGCGAACAGAGAGCCAAAGAACUAAGUGUGAUGUUCAUUGAGACUAGUGCAAAGACGGGCUACAAUGUGAAGCAGCUUUUCCGCCGUGUUGCUGCUGCCUUACCUGGGAUGGACAACGCUCCUGAGAAGAGCAAAGAUGACAUGAUUGACAUCAAAUUAGAGAAACCACCAGAGCAGCCUGUAACGGAGAAUGGCUGCUCUUGUUAAAUGAUCUGCAGCGUGGCAGCCCCUUCCCCCUUAGCCAGUUCAGUCUCACUGAAGAGCACCACUUCUCAUUGACUACCGAAACACAACUUUCCAAGGGCUGAAAGCCCCAUUUAAUAGGCGACCGGAGUCAUCCCGUCUCCUCUCCUAGUUGUGUGGACAACCCCAGCCGCUCCCGUUUACUGCAUGGUGUGAACCCUCAAAUGCCUCCUGCCCUUUGUUGGUUGUUGCACUGUGGUGCUGUUGUGGCACUCUUUUGCUAGGUUUCCUUGCUGGGUUGUCCUAUGAAUGUGCAGGGGACGAAUUCUUUUCCACCUAAAAAAAAAAAAAACUGAUAACCAAGAAGCUAAGGUAUUCUUCUGUCCCUCCCCCCUCCUUUUUUUUUAAAAAAACCUUUUUUACCACUGCUUUUUAUUCAUUCCCAGAGGCUGUUCCUCUGUUUGAUUUGGCUAUGCCUUCAUUGAUAGCAAGAAGAAAUGUCUGUCCUCCUCGCUUUCCUUCUUUCCCUAAGGGUGGUGCUGCGGAAGAGAGUAACUCCUAAAAGGAUAUCGACACACGUUCUUCUCUCUCUUUCCAGAUUGUCUAAGUAUCUUUUACUCCAGAUGGUCUGAUGUACUCCAUCCCCACACCCCCCAUCGCUGGGUAUGUACAGAGAUGGUAGGCAGAACUGGGCAGGUGGGGGUGGGGUUGAUUCUUAUGUGGGAAGCCUGGUUCCUGCAUAGUGAGGAGUUGGGAGUCUCCAAAUUGGGGGAUGAGCAUUCUUCAGUAGUUUAUUCCAUUCCUCUCUUCCCCCUCUCACGAUACGCUCAGAAAGAUCCUGUUCUAGGUGAGUUAUUAAGUGGUUGGUAGCUGGGUAAAACGGGGACUUCUCUAGACACAGAUCAAUGCCAGGAGCUGCUAUUUUUAUAUAAUUUAUCACUUAUGAAUCAUUUGAAAUAUGCAAAGUGCUUUAAACUGCCUUCGCUUUUUGCUUCCUCCCUUGGUUUGUCCUUUUGAAUUAUGUCUCUGCAUCAGUCUUCUCCAACCUGCAGAUGUGCUGAAGUUUCUGUUUUUAUAAUCCCAGGCACUAAGGCCCAGGAAUUGCAGCGCCAGGCAUUUGGAAAGCGUUAGGCUGGGGAAGCUCCCGUAGAUGGCUAUGGACGUCAUGCUCAGUCCUUGUCCCACUGUCGGAAGGCCCUCAUUUGAAUUCUAGGUCUUUAGUCCACUACCUUAUCCUGGCCUUCAAAACACAGAUAUCUAGAUAAACAUGGAGUUGUUUCUUUUUAUUUAAUAUAUACAGUGAAAGAGAGGCUAAUCCUUGUCAGACCUCUGCUUGUUCUACAAAGAAUGUUGUAUGUAUUUGAAAAUUUUAGAGGUUUGCGUAGAUUUCUUGAACUUCAGAUUUAGCACAGAAUUUAUUUUCAGGUAUCUCCUCUAUUACUGAAUGCAGGUUGCACUAGCAUGCAGACCGACAUGGGAAGGCAGGUAGAAGACGGCAUGAACUGGAUAAUAUUUUCUGAUGAUAUUUGAUACUUGAAUGACAUGUUUUGUUUGGUCUGUGGCCCUCCUUGUCUGUUACCCUCCCCUAGAUCAGCCUUCCUGAAUGACAGCUCUUGUGUUCCUAAUCCAUACAGCCACCGGCAGUACAGGCUGAAGAUGGUGGGGAUUUGUCAUUUGAAACAAAGGGUUAUGGGAGUUGCCACCUGACCCAUCUAAAAGGUGCCCUGGAGACUGACGCCUGUUGUGCUGGGCUUGCUUUUGAGCAUAGUUUAUCAUCUCCAUAAUUGUACGGCUCGGUGAUUAGGUGGUACAAGUAUAUAACUCAUUUAGCUUGGGGAUGAUAGGGCUAUAGUAACCAUUUUCUCUGGAUUUAGUUUGAGGUGGAAGGAUGGUCAAAAUACAGAGUGUGGGCUUUUGUGAUUUUUCUCAUCUUUUCUGCUUAAAGUGGGCUGAGCUCACCUGGAGCCAAAAAAAACCUUGAUCCUCGGUCUGAAGGAAUUUGGGGAUUAGAACCAGAAAGCCUAAUCCAAGGGGAGUUCUAACUAACAGCACAGCAUAAACAUGAAAGCAUUUCUUUUUCCCCUGCCGGGGGAUUUCCUUGGUCUGUAUUGAAGAGCUUCUCUUACAGAGUGUCCUCCUGGGUCAGCUUCUGGCGAGUGAUUCUCUCACGGGGGCUGAGCCGCAAAAGAUUUUCUUCUUUCUUCCUGAAAUGCCCUCCUCCUCCCUGGCUUCCCCCACUUGCCAGCUCUUCUGUCUGCAGAGCUGAGUCAUGCCCCUGAGUGUGCGGAGAACCACUUAAUGGGAAGCACCUUCCAUCAAAUGUUGCUAAUCUUUGUUCAAGCAUUACCGCUUGAAUGCAAAGGUAUCUGCAAGACACAUCAUAAAACACCCCCCAAAAAACGCUUGAAUUAAGUUCCUUGCUUGAGACGCCAGGUUUUCCAUGUAGAGCAGCCAGUAAGGUUUCAGUUUGUUACUGCUGCACGAGUUUGUUGUUUUUUCUUAGCACUUCGGCCUUCUGCUGCUGCUCCCCAGUCUGGAAGCCUCAUGCGUAAAGGGGGACCACAGUCAUGCAUUUGCCCUAUAAUAUUUGCAUUAGACUUGUACGUUAUCACCCAGUUCAGCACUCCAUCCUCUUGUUUCUGGAUUGGAGGUGUGCUGCCUGUCCUCCCUGUUGCUUGCAUCUUGUAGGGCCAGCCCCUUAGCCCUGGAACCGAGGCCUCGCGUGCACUGAACUGGGUGAUACGUGCACUAAAUUAUUCCCAGUCCUUAAAGCCCCAUUGACCCCUUUCAGUACUCAGCCACACCGAGUCAGCCUCCCGAGAGAAUCACUCACUCCUCUGAUGCGCAAAGCCCCUCUGAUACUUCCUCAUGUGUCUUUCGCCUGAACCCGGGCGGCCCGCGUCCUCUAUUCCUCUCCAGCAGAAUCCACAAGCCUUUCCAGCUUGGCUCCGUGAGUUUUGAAAGCGAACACCUUUGCAAAGGCCCAUCCUCAACCUGUGUAGAUACUAUAUAUAGCUACCUAGAGAGACAUACACUCCCUGCUGUGUGGGAAUUGCUGAUGUCCUGUCACGUGUCUGUUCCUUCCUCCGCAGCUCACCUGGGCUGCGUCUCCCUUCCUCCCCUGGCCACCCAGUCCUGCCACUGCUGUCGUGGUGUGGUUUUUGUUUUUGUUUUUGAAGACGCACUGGAAACUUGUCUCUCUCAAGAUUAGGGAUUAUUAAAAAAAAGGAAAAAAAAAAAGCAUAAAUGUUUGUGGGUCGGGAUGGCGGUUGGGGGAAAACCUUGUGAACAACGCUGUUCACGUUCCCCUGCUUUCUCUGUGAUUGUGUAUAAUAAUACUUGAGUGUGUGUCUCGGGCUCCGCUGUCUCCUAGCUGUUAGCCGACUAAGUGACUCUUGAUAUAUGAAUAUUGACUGUCAGACUGCAACUGUGUAUCACACUAAAUAAAUUCAGUUCACCA